AUGGCAGCGACGGCAAUUGAUAUGAUGUUGCAGAGCAGUGAAUUUCAGUUAAAAAACAAAGAGGACCCAGGAAAUACAGACAAUUUGUGGUCCUCUAUUUUGGCUGAUGUACAAAAUAGUAGCAGUAACAAAUUACCAUCAAAUAAAAAUAUUCUUCUUUUAGGUGAUAAUGAAAGUGGAAAAACAACACUUAUUGCUAAAUUACAAGGUGUUGAAGAUCCAAAGAAAGGUUCUGGCUUAGAAUUUGCAUAUAUUGAUGUGAGAGAUGAUUAUAGAGAUGGUAAUAUUAAUUCAAGAUUAUCUGUGUGGGUAUUAGAUGGAGACCCUGGUCAUGUAAAUCUUUUGAGAUUUGCAUUAAAUGCAGAAAGAUAUCCACAUACACUUGUUAUGUUAGUAGCUGCAAUGACAACCCCAUGGUCCAUUCUUGAACAACUUGAAAGCUGGGCUUCAAUUUUAGCACAUCACAUUGACCAAUUACAUAUAGAUAAUGAUACUUGGCAACGUUGCAAGCAGCUUAAUAUGAAAAAAUGGCAAGAUUAUACAGAGCCUGGUGAUGAGUUAGAUCCUGGUAGCCCUUUAAGGCGUACUAGUCGUAAUUUAGAUGAUGAAGCAAUUGAUAAUUUACCAUUACCAGAUGGAGUACUUACAACAAAUUUAGGUCUAGAUAUUGUUGUUGUUAUUACAAAAACUGAUUAUAUGUGUACUCUUGAAAAACAGCAUGAUUACAAGGAUGAACAUUUUGAUUUUAUGCAACAGUGGAUAAGACGGUUUUGUAUACAAUAUGGUGCAGGAUUAUUCUACACAUCAGCAAAGGAAGAUAAAAACUGUGAUUUACUUUAUAAAUAUCUCACACAUAGAAUUUAUUCGUUACCAUUUAGAACACCUGCUUUAGUUGUUGAAAAAGAUGCAGUUCUUAUUCCCGCUGGUUGGGAUAAUGCGAGAAAGAUUAGCAUUCUUUAUGAAAAUUUGCAAUCAAUGAAACCAGAUGAUUAUUAUAGACAUGUCAUUGUACCACCACCAACAAAUAGAAAGUGUGUAGCCAGAGAAGUAGAAGUACGGGCAGAGGAAGAACAACUUUUCUUAGCAAGACAACAAGCUGUAGUACUAGGCCUAAGAGAAUCAACACGUUCUCCCAGGAAUCAGGCAAGCACCGGGCCAGUUUUUCAGGUGGCAUCGCCAAAUAAAAAAUUGGAUCCCAAAACUUCACAAUCCGGAGAAGGUAUUUUAGCUAGCUUUUUCAACAGUCUUCUUCACAAAAAGACUGGAUCUCCUGGGUCACCAGGUAGUGUAGGCACGAGUCCGGUAAAAACUGAUAGUGCACCGGUAGAUAAAGCCACUAUGUGUAGUGAUGAAGGCGUGGAAUUGGACUCAGUUGCUAAAACGAAGCAAAUAUCACCCCCUAAUUUAAAUUCGUCAUCUGAAUGUUAAUGGAAAUAUAUUUUUUUUUGCGACCCAUUUACUAAAUUAUGAGCCAUAAAUGUGAGUAUUUUAAUAAAAUCUUGGAAAUAACCGA